UUUAGCUGUUAACUGAAAAAUCACAUUUUUAUAACUAAAACAACCGCAGUCCUAAUUUAAAUAAAAAAGCCUGUAAGGCCGCGGAGGGAGACACAGCAGCGGGGCGGUGACGCGGCGGUGACGUCACCGGUGCCUGGCGGCCGCCGCUCCCGCUCCGGCGCUGACGCGCAGGUAGAUUAUCCCGGCGGCGGCGGAGCAGGACGGCGGGCCUCCAUGACUGAACAGCAGCGUCAGCUGAUCAGAGGCGCCGUCUCGCUGACUGGACUUUACCUGGUUUACGGAUAUGGAGCGUCGCUGCUCUGCAACCUGAUCGGCUUCGUCUAUCCAGCUUAUUAUUCAAUCAAAGCCAUCGAAAGUCCCUGCAAAGAAGACGACACAAAAUGGCUGACCUACUGGGUGGUGUACGGCGUCUUCAGCCUGGGCGAGUUCUUCUCCGACAUUUUCCUUUACUGGUUCCCGUUUUACUACGCGUUUAAGUGUUUGUUCCUGUUGUGGUGCAUGGCUCCGAUGUCGUGGAACGGCUCCCAGAUCAUUUACAACAAAGUGGUUCGGCCCGUCUUCCUGCGCCAUGAGGCCACGGUGGACAACAUGGUGAGCGACCUGAGCGGGAAGGCCAUGAGCGCCGCCGAGAACCUCACCAGAGAAGUUCUGUCCACUCUGGUGAAGAACAAAACCCUGGUGACACCAAUGCCGCCAGUCGCCCCGCCUGAACCGAAGAGUUUACCGAGUUCGACCGGAGAAACGUCAAACGUUAAAGUUGUUCCAAGUGAGCCGAGCGAAGAAGAACGAAGGCCUUUUCUUGGGUGACCAGAUUGUUGUUCAGAUAGCAGCAGAGGAAGAGGAAGAUGCUCCGCGAGGAAGAGGAGCGGAGAUGUUUUUGUCCUGAAUGAUCCAAACAGAAAGUGCUCCUUAUGCCACAGAGACUCGGUUGUAAGGCCAUAUUUUUGUAGAACGGUGUUGUAUUUAAUCUGAAUUCAUGAUUUGGAGAUUAUUUAUUGUCUUUAGAAAACCAGACAGAUGCUGGAAGCUGCUGUCUGAUAUACGAGCUAAAUGUCAAAACAAGUUCAGGAAAAAUAAAAAAAAUAAAAUCCAAGACUGGAGGUUCCACUUUAUCAACAGUUCAGAUUAGAGAACUGAAUCUCUAAAAAUGAACCAGUUCACUUUGAACUUCUGUUUGUUAUUUGCUUCUGGUCCGCUAUGUGAACAUUUUAAACAGAACACCGGUCCAUAAAGCSCCAGACCUCCACUUCUCUGCAACAGCGCCAUCUACUGGUGGGUAGAAGAAGAUCAACCCGGUCACAUCUGCACUGGUGGAGGAUAGAAAACAUAACUCCUGCCAACACGACACAGAAAUACAGAAAUAUUUCUGGAUACGUUUAUUGUUCAGGUGCAGCAGUAAAAGAUGGCGGACGGGGAAACAUUGAACAUUUACGAACACGGGAAUAAUUCAGUUUGAUCAGAUCAGUCUCUGCAAAUGAAUACAUGAUGAAAUGUGAACAUUUUGCUCAACUGGAGACCUUAAUAAUCCACUUUCAUGACCAAAUGUCAGAGUUGAGGCUUUUUUUUCCUUUUUCUCAAUUUGGAGGAAAAAAAGUUCAGUUUCACUGAGUGAAAUAAAAUAUUAAUUUGUUAUUGAUGCUUUAAAUAAAUGAGGACGAACAGAUACACAUGAGAAAAGCUUAGGGUACCUGAAUAUUAUUUAUUUUCAUUAUUAUUUUUUGCUUUAAUAUUUAUGUUUUUGUUGGGACACCCACAAAAACAUCCCAAGAGGUUAUCCUUGAAAUAAAUUAAAUAAAAA